AUGACACCUUCUCAUCGGCCACGAGGGUUCCCAAAGGCCAUUGCUAUAGUGCUCAUUUUCGGCGCGGCAACAUUCGCACGCCCCGCGGUUGGCGUGGCGCCGUCGCCCGGCGCCGCUCGCGAUGGGUCGUCCCUCGAGACCGCGCAGCGGAUCUCCGACCUGCCUGGCUGCGGCUCAGACGGCUCGCUGCAGCCCGCCACGGACACGUGCAACCUGCAGAUCAAGCUCAGCGGCGGCGGCGCAACCAAGUGGUUUACGUUUGCAAUCACCCAGGACACGUCACUUGAGAUGACAGUCACCAUCGUCGCCCGCACAACCGCAGGCGCUGUGGACACGUACCCUGGAGAGAGCCCGACCUCGGCCGAGCCCAGCCACUACGGCACCAAUGCAGGUUACAACCUGUCGUCGCCCUAUGACGAGAGCCCCCCCGCGUCGGACACAGACUACCUCUAUCUGGCAGGCCGCAACCGCGUCGUGCCGGGCGUGUAUACGCUGCUCGUCGCAGCCAAGAGCGGCACGCCCGUCGUGCAGCUGCAGACUAAGGCCGUCGACAGCGAGAAUGCAGGGGACCAGCCCGGGUGGUGCGGCGCCUUUGGCAGGAGCCUCCUCACGCCCUCUGAGGACUGUGAGUGGACACUGCAGCGCUGCGGGCACGGGCCAGGGACCAUCGAGGACAACACCACCGACCCCUGCCACGUGCCGCCAAACCUGUGCACCACCGACGGCCACCUGACGCAGCUCAUCCUGCCCCUGGGCGGCUUUAACUGCGGCGGCACCUUCCCGCAGGCCCUCGCGUCCUUCAAGAGCCUGAGGUAUGUCGACCUGUCAUACAACGUGUUCAACACGACACUGGCUGAGGUCGGGAGGGUCGUGGCGCAGAUGCCUUCGCUCGAGUCCCUCUUCCUGCGGGGCGCCGGCCUGCGUGGCCCGGCCACGUGCGACCUCGUCGGCGACCGCGCCCACGGCUCCAGGAAGUCGCUGGUGCUGUCCAACAACCCCGGCAUCUCGGGCCCCAUCAACCCAUGCUUCACUUCCUCAGCGGUGCUGGAGGAGCUGCAGUUGGACAGCACAGGGGUCGAGGGCGCGCUGCCACCGCUGGCCGCGUCCUCGCCGCUGCACUUCCUGUACCUGGGGAACGUCCCCGGAGCCGGCAAGCUGACAGGCCCCAUCCCCCCGAGCUACGGCGCCGCCACGCGCCUGCAGCACCUCCACCUCCGCGGCCACGCCCUGUCUGGCCCCCUGCCGCCGCUGCCCGCCACGCUGCAGCUGCUGGAUGUAGCCCACAACCAGCUGAGCGGCACCUUCCCAGACCUGUCUGGCGCCAAGGGCCUCGAUUACAUCGACGUGUCGAACAACAACCUCGGAGGCGCGCUCCCUCGGACGAUGGCCUCGGACAACCCGGCCAUGGAUUACCUCGACGCUUCGAACAACAGGAUCGGGGGCCGGCUCGACGAGGUGUCGCUGCCGUCGGGGCUGACGUACGCUGAUCUGAGCGGCAACGUCAUCGGCGGCGGGCUGUGGGCCAGCACAGAGGCCUUUGGCAGCCUGGCGCAGCUGCGCCUGUCCCACAACUCCAUCAGCGGCCCCCUCAAGCCGUCCCUGGCGGCCGCCCCCGCGCUGCAGCACCUGGACCUCUCCCACAACCAGCUGUCCGGCGACCUGUCGCCCUUCGCGGCCGCCAUAUCCCGCAUGAGCAGCAACGCCAUCGUGGAAUUCAACGUCUCCUACAACCAGCUCUCGGGGGCGGUGCCUGAUGGCCUGGCCCGCCUGGCCGUGUUUGACCCGUUGACCGUCAAGUCGCCCGACGGGACGAUCCAGGAUCGCGUGUUUGACCUGAGGGGCAACCGCCUGGUCGGCUACUUCCCUGUUUUUGCGGCCCAGGCCAUCCCGCCGAUGGAGGCCGGCUGCCGCUGCGCAUAUGACAUCCGGUUACCGGGUGACGCCCCUCUGGCCUGCCCCCCCGUACUAUUCAGCCCGAUGCCCCAGGCCGCCAACGUGCUGAAGUCGAGCGCCCCCGACAUGACUUGCUAUGCGGACGAUGGUCGCGGCAACAUGAAGCAGGCAAGCAGUGGCGGCCGUUGGCAAGCAGGGCUAGCCUCGCUGCGGCCCUCCUGCCCGUUGUAG